AUGACCGGUGGAGUUGGGGUAGGUGGAGUUACAACGGGUGGGGUUGGUGUUGGUGGUGUUAUGACCGGUGGAGUUGGGGUAGGGGUGGACGGAGGUGGUUUAACAGUGGGUGGUUUAGUGGGCGGUUUAGGGGUAGGUGGUUUAACAGUCGGUGGUUUAGUGGGCGGUUUCGGGGUGGAUGGAGGUGGCUUAACGGUGGGCGGGUGUGGGGGGUGUGGUUUGACGGUGGGUGGUUUGGUUGGUGGUUUAGGCGGUUUUACGGCUGGUGGUUUAGGCGGUUUGACGGGAUGUUUUGGCGGUUUGUGUGGGUGA